AUGAACGUCCUUAUCAAAGAUGGCGUUGCGAAAAUAACAGACUUUGGCUUGUCGAAUGAUCUGAAAAAGGUUGUGCUUACGUCAAAGGGAGCGGGCAAUGCAGCAUAUAUUGACCCAUUAAGGCUUAUAGAUCCAUCAUAUAUUCGUGGAAAAGAAUCUGAUAUCUUCAGUGUUGGGGUAAUAUUAUGGGAGAUUUCUAGUGGAGAGAUUCCAUACGCAGGCUAUGAUGACACUUAUGUUGCCAUAGAGAGAUUCCACGGCCGUCGCCAUCCAAUUUUUCCUGGAACGCCUGAAGAUGGUUAA